AGAGUACAACAUUACAGCAUUGAUAAACAUGUUUCCUACCCACCAGGAGCUUACAAUCACAGCCACGGCUGACCCUCAGGGCCCCUGACUUUCCUUCUCCUUGUCUGUAGCUUUUCCUUCCAGACUCUCCUGUAAGAAGUUGGAGCAGGUAGGGGCAGAGGCUGGGAAGGGGAGGGAAUCAACAGUCGCGGGGCCAAAUCCCUCCAGCCUCAGACCGGAGACAUGCCGUGUCUUGGCCAAGGCCUCACCAUCAGUCCCAGCUCGUGCUCCUGCGUCCAGACUUGGGUGCCAGACUGGCAGCAGCUGGAAUCGUGUUGCUUCCCUUUCCCAGUCCGCCACCCAUCACUGAGCAGCCCAUCCUCUGAGGCCAGCAGCACCCAGCCCUCUCCCAUGCUUGUAUCUCCCCUCUCCCCCCAACAGAGCCCCGACAUUUGGGUUUCCCUGCAGCUCAGAGCCCGAGGCCCAGCCGUAGCCCCAGAGGUUAAAUACUCUUGGCAUUUGAUAGGGAGAAGCACUGGGUGUUUUUCACUCAUUUCUGUGCAGAUUGUUUGGUCCCGGAAAUGACUGAUUCUGAAGAUGAUGACGUUCCUCAGCUCUCCGCCUACGCCCUGGCGGCCCUGCAGGAAUUUUACACUGAGCGGCAGCAGCGGCAGCCUGGCCCGGAUGGAGAUAAGAAAUUCAGCGUUGGCGUGAUAGAGGAGGAUUGGCAGCUGAGCCAGUUCUGGUACAGCGAUGAGACGGCGUCGCGACUGGCCGCUGAAGCCAUCUCCGCUGCCGGGAAAGGUGGCAGGAUCGCAUGUGUCAGUGCCCCCAGCGUCUACCAGAAGCUCAGGGAGUUGAGUGGGGAAAACUUUUCGGCAUACCUCUUGGAAUACGACAGAAGGUUUGCAAUAUAUGGAGAGGAGUUUGUUUUCUACGAUUACAACAGUCCUUUAAAUUUGCCCGAGAGCAUGACCGCGCACAGUUUUGACAUUGUCGUAGCCGACCCUCCAUACCUCUCAGAAGAGUGUCUCAGGAAAACAGCAGAGACCGUCAAGUACUUGACGCGAGGGAAGAUUCUGCUGUGCACAGGUGCUGUCAUGGAGGAAGCAGCAGCCAAGCACCUCGGGGUCAAGAUGUGCCACUUUGUCCCCAGACACACUCGAAAUUUGGCAAAUGAGUUUCGCUGUUAUGCCAACUAUGCUUCUGGGCUAGAGUGCGACUAGGCAGGAUCCGGCCCCUCGAUCUGAGCCACAAGGUGGUUGGAAGAUUUAAAUGGGCCUGGGCCCUGACCAUCACCAGGAGGCUUUCCCCCAACCAGGUACCACUGCCUUCAGUGUGACACAGAGAAUUGCUGUAGUUCUGUUUCCUCAACAUCUUUUCCCUUGGCUAUAGUGACCGAGUGAGUGGACUGAGCUCACUGCCCGAUACUGACGCCUUCGGAAACAGGCUUGGUUGGUGACCUCAGUCCCUGCUCUGGGGAAGCCGGGCAGGGAGGAGGAGGAGGAAAGACGUUAGAGGCUGCUUUGGGUCCUUCCGGGCACAGUCGUGGGGUUUGGGAAGGGCAACCACUUGCCUCACAGACUUGGGAGCAGGGGUAGAGAGAGCUGCACAGCUCCCUCUGGGUGGGGGUGGAUGGGGGCAGGGAGUACAUUUUUGAGCCCAUUGGACUUUUCUCCCCAGCUAAAAUAAUUAACUUCGAACCCUUCAUGCGUUUAUCUUUUUUAAAAAACACCUUUUAAAUUGAUCUGUUGAAAAAGUCAACUGGGCUUGUAACGAGGCUUUAUUAACUAAUAGACCAGUGCUGACAUGGAAUGUAUAAAUUAGGCAUUGAGGGUGUUGGGAUUUUAAAGAGCACAUUUUGGCUUGGGAGGCCAGGAGCAUUACUGUACCAGAGGUACCGUAAACCUGAUGCUUUACAGAAAAAACACAAUUCUUAUUUCCCCACAAUGGGCAUUUGACCCAUUUACCACCAGCAGUAAACAGGCACGUGACUGCCAUAUUUAUUUUCCUGCUCGGUGUUCUGAGUUGCUGGCACUGCGGGUUCCUGCUCUGCCUGAGGAAGGAGCAGAGGAAUCAAGCUUUUUAGUUUCUGGUGUGAGGACAAGGAGAGUCAAGGAUGGAGCUCACCUGUUAGGUUCAUCGUGGGAAAUGCCAAGAGUUGUUCACCCCAAGCCCAGACUUCAGUAACAGAGAUGAUGGGGAAUCCGUUUUCCGACCUCUCAGUUCUCACUCGAGAAAGUCCUUUUUAGUUUGAGUUAGGGAAACAAUUUUUAUAUUAUACAAACCACAUCUUUAAUGGUUUGUUUUUCCUCUCUAAUGGGAUUAAGAAGCGGAAAUGAAUUGCCCGGCGUCCAUUUCAACAAGGCAGCUCGGUUUGGGGGCAAGAAUAGCUAAAAGCCCCUGGUGGGUUAGAGUGGUGAUUUCGUUUUGAGCCUCUCCCCAGCAGCUGUGCAGGUAGUCUCGGCUUUCAUUUUCCUGCUGGGGCCUGGGAGGAGCUGCGCUAGGCCGCCAACUAGCCCACAGACAGGCCCAGGGGAGGAAGGAGGGAACUGGAUCAAGGACUAAAGGGGUUUUCCAAAUGCUCACAAUCCACCUGACCAAACUGUAACAUUGUCUCCAUGGUGGGGUGGGGGACCUACAGCCAGCACUCCAUACCACAGUGUUGCGGGGGUGUCAAGAAAAAGGGAAGCAGCAUGUCACAAUUUUGGAUAAUAGAUUUAGGACAAGCACCAAAGGCCCCAUCCGUGUCCCCCCCCGACCUCCCGCCAUGAACUGAAUAAAACACUCACUGCAGUUUGCUCUUACCUUAGUUUUCCCUGAGCAAUCUCAGUGUUGUGAUGGGAUUUCUUCUCUCGCUGCCUGUGGCUAUAGCUCAAACCAGUGGUGGUCCAAGUGCCACAAAGCCUGUUGCUGCCCCUUGCCCACAGGAACAAUAUACGCAUAGCGUAAAGUUUUGGACC